AUGGACGAAUACAUACAGCUAGGUCACAUGGAAGAAGUCGAGGAAGCUUCUGAUAUCAAACGUUGUUUUUUACCACACCACCCGGUCGAGAAGGAGAGUAGUACGACAACCAAACUACGUGUUGUAUUCGAUGCUUCAUGCAAAACCUCUACAGGAGUCUCUCUGAACGAUGGAUUACUAACAGGUCCAGUAAUUCAGGACGAUCUUCGGGCAAUUAUACUCCGCUGUCGAAUGUGUCAGAUUAUGGUCGUCGCAGAUGUUGAGAAAAUGUUCCGCCAAAUCAACAUAACAAGAGAAGAUCAUCCACUACAGUCAAUUUUAUGGAGAAGGUCUCCAUCGGAGCCAGUCAAGACGUUUGAGCUGAAGACGGUAACAUACGGCACCAAACCUGCUCCGUUUUUAGCAACACGCACCUUGAAGCAGUUAGCAUUGGAUGAAGGGGAGAGGUUUCCCUUGGCAUCAAAGGUAUUUUCGGAAGAUACGUACAUGGAUGAUGUAGUAUCAGGUGCAGAAGAUGCAAAUGCAGCCCUCGAACUGCGAAUUCAGUUGGAUAAAGCUGCAAGAGCUGGAGGAUUUCGGUUGCGAAAAUUCGCAUCAAAUUGUUUAGAGGUCCUGCAAGGACUACCACAAGAGAGUGUAGCCAUUAAAGAAGCUUCAGACGGAUCGGACAUAGAUCCCUCGAUGAAGGUCCUUGGGCUCACUUGGUUGCCGAAAUCUGAUGUCUUCAUGUAUCAUUUUAACAUUCCCGAAAUUCCAAAAUCCACGGUUCUAACUAAACGGAAGGUGCUGUCGGUAAUUGCAACGCUCUUCGACCCGUUGGGACUCCUAGGUGCUGCAAUAACAACUGCAAAAAUAUUUAUGCAGCAGUUGUGGACCUUGCGGAAUAAUGACGACCAAAGAUUGGACUGGGAUCAGCCAUUACCUCCAACGGUGGGUGAGGAUUGGCUGAAGUACUACGAACAACUAGGUUCACUAAACGGAAUUCGUAUUGAACGGUGCAACAUUAUCCCAGGAGCCAUUUACAAGGAGAUUCACUGUUUUUCAGAUGCUUCGGAGAAAGCAUAUGGUGGUUGCGUUUACUUAAAGAGCAUUAACUCUGAUGGAGAGGUUAAAAUUUGUUUGUUGUCGGCGAAAUCGAGGGUAGCUCCGCUUGCAAGUCAGUCGAUUCCCCGCCUAGAGUUGUGUGGUGCUCUGUUGACGGCUGAACUAUUCAAUUUCGUAAAGGAUGCUAUGAAAUUUGACUGUCCAGUCUAUUUUUGGACAGAUUCAACAUGCGUGUGGCGAUGGUUACAAGCUGUUCCAUCUACUUGGACUACCUAUGUGGCAAAUCGAGUUGCCAAAAUACAACAACUCACGGAAGGGUUUGAAUGGAGGCAUGUCCCAGGCGUUGACAAUCCAUCAGAUCUUAUUUCUCGGGGUAUUCCACCGGCAGAGAUUGGUCAAAAUCGCUUGUGGUGGGAAGGUCCUUGUUGGUUGGCGCUAGACAAGGAAAACUGGCCAGAACUACCGGCUAACCACUUGGCGGAAAUUGGUGAUGAAGAAAGGCGUCGAACUACAGUCACAGCAUUAGCAACAAACAAUUCAGAGCAUGAGUCGGAUUUCAAUCGUUGGUAUUUUAGUUUGUAUUCCGAUUACACUAAAAUGGUCAGAGGUACAGCAUAUUUGUUGAGGUUGAAAAGGCUGUUAAAAUCCAAACGUCAAGUCAAAUUCCAAGCUUUUCUACAGUCAGCUGAAAUGGAAGAAGCAGAAAGAGCUUUAGUCAAAUGUGUCCAAGAAGAGUGUUUCGCUGAUGAGUUGAGAGUUUUAUCUAAGGGCGAAUUUGUAUCAAGACAAUCUAAACUAAGAUGGUUCAAUCCCAAAAUAUUCUCCGAUGGUUUGUUGAGAAUUGGUGGUAGAUUGAGCAAUUCGUCCGAAUCAGAAACUGCAAAACACCCGGUUGUCUUGCCAGCUCGUCACAACUUUACUCGGCUAUUAUUAGAGCACUUCCAUCGUCGAUUAUUACACGCUGGUCCUCAGCUGCUUUUAGCAACGGUUAGAUUGAAAUUUUGGCCUUUGGGUGGCAGGAGCGUGGCUCGUCAGAUUGUACAGCAAUGUCACACCUGUUUCAGGGCUCGUCCCACGCCGAUUCAACAGUUUAUGUCAAAACUACCAGCUUCACGCGUGACGGUUUCGCGGGCAUUCGCUAGAACAGGAGUGGACUAUUUCGGUCCGGUAUACAUUCGCCCGGCCCCCAGACGCCCAGUGGCUAAGGCAUACGUCGCUGUUUUUGUAUGCAUGUCUACUAAAGCAGUGCAUCUCGAGCUGGUAUCAGACCUAUCUACAGAACGGUUCAUACAGGCCUUGCGUAGAUUUGUUGGAAGAAGAGGAAAGUGCUCAGAGAUAUUUUCGGACAACGGUACGAACUUUGUGGGCGCUAGGAACCAAAUGGUUGAAUUGUUUCGUCUGUUGAAGUGUCAGACCCAUCGGGAACGAAUGUUCAAAGAAUGUGGCAGCGAAGGAAUUAGGUGGCAUUUCAAUCCUCCCAGCGCUCCACAUUUUGGCGGUUUGUGGGAGGCAGCGGUGCGUUCCGCAAAAAAGCACAUUCUAAGGGUAAUCGGCGAAAACCCUGUCAGCACAGAAGAUUUCACGACGCUUCUGGUUCAGGUCGAAGCGUGUUUAAAUUCGCGGCCCAUUACACCACUUUCGAACGAUCCAAAUGAUUUGGAACCGUUGACACCCGGUCAUUUUAUUAUUGGAGAAUCCCUACAGUCCAUGCCAGAUGAAAACUACUUGAAAAUAUCAGAUAACCGGCUUAAUCAAAUUCAGUUGAUGCAGAAAAAUUUGCAAUUAAUUUGGAAACGGUGGCGUAGAGAAUAUCUGUGCCAACUACAAGCCAGAACAAAACGUUGGAAACCUUCAGUGUCGGUUGACCUGGGUCGUUUGGUUAUCAUUAAGGAUGAAAAUGUUUCCCCAUGUCGAUGGAAAAUGGGUAGAAUUGUAGAGCUUCAUCCAGGACAAGAUGGUGUGGUUCGAGUAGUCACAUUAAAAACGGAAUCAGGGCUGAAAAAGCGCCCGGUUGAGAAAUUGUGUUUGUUACCUAUGCCAGAUUCUGAUGAAAAUUCAGGUAAGAAUGCUGAAGUUGAAGUAAAGAAUGAUUGA